AAAGCCCAAUAUCACAGUUUAAUCGCAAACGUUCAACUAACUUGGUCGGCAAAUGCAAUUUACGGCUCAAAUUUCAAUUUCUCUGGCUGCCAUGGCCAUAUGGGUGGUGGCCGGCAGCACUGCAAUGCCCCACUGCUCGCUGGAUGAUGAGGAUUGCCGUGAUAGGCUAAUGCACCCCGAAGACCUUAACACAGGUCCAACACUACGUGUCAGAGAAGGUGAAACUUCCUCCGAGUAUUGGCUUAAUCAAGGCAAGGAUUUUGUGCGCACCAAGCUCAACACACCACUGAACACCAAAAAGGCCAAGAAUGUCAUUAUGUUUUUGGGUGAUGGUAUGGGUUUGCCCACCGUGGCCGCUGCACGCAAUUUAAUUGGUGGCGAGCAUGCCGAAUUGUCCUUUGAAAAAUUCCCUCACAUUGGUUUGGCCAAAACCUAUUCAGUUGAUAAAAUCGUGCCUGACUCCGCGAACACGGCCACAGCUUAUCUGUGUGGGGUGAAGGCCAUCUAUGGCACCAUAGGCGUUAAUGGUUGGGUGGAACGCGAGGAUUGCUCCACCAUGCUGGAUGAGCGCACUCAUGUCACCUCCAUAGCGCAGUGGGCCAUGGAUGCAGGCAAAUCGGCCGGUGUGGUGACCACAACUCGCAUAACUCAUGCCUCACCCAGUGGGGCUUAUGCUCACAUUGCCGAACGUGAUUGGGAAGAUGACAAUGAAGUUAUUCAGAGUUGUGGUCGCGAUUCCGGCAUUGAGGACAUAGCCCAUCAACUUAUCCAUGGUCAAACUGGCAGCAAAUUGAAAAUAAUGAUGGGUGGUGGCAAACGUCAUUUCAUCGACUCAUCCCUCUACCCGGCUGGACAGCGUACGGAUGGCCGCAAUCUCGUUGAGGAAUACAAAGCUCAGAGUGGCCGCAAUGCCUAUGUGGAGACCAAAGAUGAGCUAUCCCGUUUGGAUUUUAAACAAGUCGAUCGCGUUUUGGGCUUAUUCCACGACUCACAUUUGGAAUUUCAUCUGCAGACAAAUGCCACAUCCACACAACCUACGCUGGAGGAGAUGACACGAAGGACUAUUGAAUUUUUAAGUCAGGACGAGAAUGGCUAUUUUGUUUUCAUUGAGGGUGGCCGCAUUGAUUCGGCCCAUCAUGAUAACACACCCCGCAUGGCAUUGGAUGAGACGGUGGAAUUUUCCAAAGCCAUACAAGUGGCUCGUGAAAUGACGAAUGAGGAUGAUACAUUGAUUGUGGUAACAUCGGAUCAUUCGCAUGCCUUUUCAUUUGGUGGAUAUCCGUAUCGUGGCGAAGACAUAUUUGGUAAAUCACCCACCGUUCCCAAUGACCGCACACCAUUUAUGGUUCUUAGCUACUCGAAUGGACCGGGCCAAGAGAAAUUCUACGAUGCUGAGAAUGAUGUGAGACGUGAUCCCACUUCGCUUAUAACAGGUGAACCCGAUGAUUUAUUCCCGGCAACAUUUCCACGCGAUUCUGAAACACAUGGAGGUGAAGAUGUACCCGUCUACGCCUUGGGUCCCUGGUCGCAUUUAUUCACUGGGGUAUAUGAACAAAAUGCCAUACCUCACAUGAUGGCCUAUGCCAUGUGUGUAGGUAGUGGCUUAAAGGCAUGUGAUACAAAGUGAAAAUUUAUGAUUUUGUUUUUCUCUAUAAAAUAAAACCAAAUUGGUAAACCAAAA